UUAUCUCUUUUAUCUUACCCUUAAAGUGCACAAAAAUGUUGAAGUAUUAUGCAGCAUUGCUCUCCCUAUCCUCACCUCCUCCUUCUCUGCCUAUAUUUCCCACUGGUUUUACUCUACAUUAUCCAUCUUCACUGAGUUUCUCCUCCUCAUCUAUCAAUGGCCUCAAACCGGCGGCCCGACGCCUUUCGGGCUCACUUCUGCAUUCUAGGAGGAGAGUUAUAUAUGAUGAUGACAAUGAAGAUGAAGAAGAAGAUGGGUAUAAUGCUGAAAUAGCAAUGUUGGAAGUUUACAGUCAGUCUGUUAAAGAUGAAGCUCUUCUUGUCAAGGCAGUUGUGGAUGAGGAGGAAGUUGAAGUCAUUAUCUUCAAGGGAUUUUCGUCAUCAUUGAGCUACGGGACUUCUCCGGAUCCUACCAAAAGUGUCCUUCCAGCAAAGGCAAAGAUUAAGUAUAUAGACAGAAUUAAAGGGCCAUUUAACCCAUCCAACAUUGAUUAUAUUGAAAGAGAUAUACCUUGGGAUGCUUUUAAGAGUUUACUUUAGCUAAUAUUUUAUUUUGUUGGUGAGAA